CAGGUUUCUAUCUAAAUUCUAAAACAACAACAGAAGCAACAUAGAGAAAAAGAUUAUACAGAGAGAAUUGACAAGGAGAUCGAGACAUGGUCAUGGAUACAUAUUUCAUAUCUCAUGGAUCUCCAACACUGGCGAUUGACGAAACGAUGCCGGCGAGACCAUUCUUGAAAUCUUGGCAAGAGAUAGUACACAAAGAGAAACCAAAAUCAAUUCUAGUGAUAUCAGCACACUGGGAAACACUAAAUCCAAGUGUUAAUGGAUUAUGUAUCAAUCACCACUCCACCAUCCACGACUUCGAUUUCCAUCCUGAGAGGAUCCCCUUGUUUGAGCUCAAGUAUCCUGCACCAGGUGCUCCUGAAUUGGCAAAGAGGGUUAAGCGAUUGUUGACAGAAUCGGGUUUCAAGCAAGUCGAGGAAGAUACAACCCGUGGGAUUGACCAUGGCGUUUGGAUUCCACUAAUUCUCAUGUACCCGGAAGCUGAUAUUCCAGUGUGUCAACUCUCUGUUCAAACGGAAUUGGAUGGGACGCAUCACUACAACAUAGGAAAAGCAUUAGCCCCUCUUCGAGAGGAAGGGGUCCUUAUAAUUGGUUCAGGUAGUGCAACUCAUAAUCUACCAGUCCUCGGACAAGAUAGUGAUCCAGUUCCAUCUUGGGCUUCUGAUUUCGAUACAUGGCUAAAAGAAACUCUUCUUGAUGGCAGACAUGACGAUAUAAAACACUACAUGGAGAAGGCGCCGAAUGCACAAAUGGUGCAUCCAGAGCCCGAACAUUUUUAUCCAUUACAUGUGGCUCUAGGAGCAGCCGGUGAAGAUGCAAAAGCUGAACUUAUCCAUCAUAGUUGGCGGGAGGCUGCUCUCUCAUACGCGUGCUAUCGUUUUAAGACCGUUACCUGAAGCUAAGUGGACAACAUUCACCUCACUCAGUUUCGUUCUUUGUAAUGACAACCAUAUGUACUUAAAUGCCCAAUUUUUGUUUUUCAUAGAAUGAAUGUUUAGAAUACCUGAAGUGGUUGUAGCCUGUCUGAUUCAAUAUUAAUACAUAAUAAAUGAAAUGACUUCAUUUCUCACUG